GUAGGAGUGGUCCAUUUUCGUUUUGGACGUUUUCCUCUCGUUUUUUGUUGUUUUCCUUUUUAGAGGAGGGAAGUGAGUAAGGUCGUAGUAUGAAUUGGAGUUCCUUUUUAACCUACAACUUUCACCUGCUUCGUUAUUUUUUGGCCUUUUUGUUUUCUUAUUUUUUUACGUUUGUUUUACAUUUUAAAUAAAAAUACUGCUAGGUCUCCUAGAACUUUUGAAGAGGGAGGCAACCCCGUAGCCAUGGGGAGGGAGGGGGUUAUGGGCCCAGAAGCCUCCCUGACUCGCUCUUGCUUCCCAUUAAUUAUUGUUUGAAUUUUUACAGAACACCAGCCUCCAUUUGUCGUGAAAUGCUUCAAGAAGGAGGAAUUCGGUCAUUUUAUACAGGAUUUGUAGCUACACUAAUACGUGAAGUUCCUGGAUAUUUUUGCUUUUUUGGAGCGUAUGAAAUGUCAAGGAAAUUUUUAACUCCGAUUGGAAAAACAAAAGAGGAAAUCGGAGUAUUAAGAACAGCUAUUUCUGGUGGUAUUGGAGGAAUGGCAUUAUGGACAGCUAUUUUCCCUGCAGAUGUUGUAAAGAGUCGAAUGCAAAUAGGCGAAACUGGACGAUUUUCAACCAUUUUAAUGAAAAUUGUUAAAAAUGAAGGAAUUUCUGCAUUAUAUAAAGGAUUGUCACCAACAUUAAUUCGAACUUGUAUUGCUAGUGCAGCUUUAUUUAUAACUUUUGAAAAUAUUAAAACUUUUCUUCAUAGUUUGUGAUUUUUUUAAAUUUAAAUUUAUUUUUUUUCUUGCUCAAUUUCUUAUAUUUGUAACUGCUCUAAUUAAAGCCUUGAUCGUCUAUUUUUUAGGUCACUUUG